UCUGUGGGGGGACCAGGAAGGGGACAGGACCGGGACAGGACCGGGACGGUGGCUCCGGUCCCGGCACCGCCGCCCCCUCCCCCUGGGCCAUGGUGGGGGUGGCACAAUGCCAGCAGGAGGUGGAGGAGGUGACAGAGCUGAUGAGACAGAACCUGGGGAAGGCGCUGGAGCGGGAGGGGAGGCUCCAGGACCUGGAGAGCAGGGCCAGGGACCUGCACGCCAUGGGCACCCUGUUCAGACGCAGCACGCGGGUGGUGGCCCGGCAGGAGCGCAGGGGACUCUGGCGCUUGGUGGCCAUUGGGGUUGUCACUGCUGUCCUGCUGCUGCUGGCCCUGGGCCUGGCACUGGGACUGCUGUGGCCACCCCGUGUCACUGUCACUGUCACCAUCCCACCCCACAGCCCCCCACUCCCUGGGACGCUCUUCCCCCAGCCGGUGGGGAGUGAGGUGACAGGGGACAGGGGGUGACACUGUGGGGACAAGUGGCAGGGAGGUGGCUGGGGGGAGGCCCCCCAGAAAUAA